UAGGUUGUGAACUCCAUAAAGACAAGGAUUAUCUCUGCUUUAUUUGUGUAAUGUUCUUCCUUGUGCAUGUUAUUUUUUUAAGUAUUUAAAAAAUAUUUGCGUGCAUUUGUUGUAGUUAUGUUUGAAAAGGUCUUAUCUAUUAGAGAUGCUCAGUGAGGUAUUUAGAGGCAAAAUUAUAUGAUGUCUGGGAUAUGCUUUUGACUAUUCCAGAUAUAUUCAUAAAUUACUUUCUCAAAGAAGAAAAAAUAUUUAAUUUAAAAAUUCCUAGAGACACAUGGUGGCGCUACAGGAUAAGAUGAAAACAGUAAAUGGGCUGACGUGGGCUUCAUUAUUCUGAACAAAUAAUAUCUAACCCACUGAAAAGAGAGGCAUUAAAAGAGCUAGCUCACAGCUGCUGGAGGGAUAUACACCCUCGGGGAGGGGGAGGGGAGUUCCUAUUGAAAACUUGGAGCCUUGGCUUCCAAAAGUAGGGCUGAGCCUAAAUUUUUUUCUCAAAAGAGGUUGCCUGAAGGAAUCAUGAAGAUCAGAGGGAUGCUUUGUCUGCGGAAGAGGCAAGUCCUGAUUUUCUUUGUUUUGGUAGGAUUAUCUCGGGCAGGUACAGAAUCUGCACGCUAUUCUGUGGCAGAGGAAACAGAAAUUGGCUCUUUUGUGGCUAAUCUGGCAAGGGACUUGGGGCUAGGGGUGGAGGAGCUGUCUUCACGGGAGGCUCAGGUAGUGUCUGAUGAUAAUGAAAAGCAUUUGCACCUCGAUUUGCUAACUGGGGAUUUGCUCCUAAAUGAAAAACUGGACCGAGAAGAGCUAUGUGGCUCCACUGAGCCCUGCAUGCUGCAUUUUCAGGUGGUGUUGGAAAACCCUUUACAGUUUUUUAGGGCUGAGCUGCAUGUCAAAGAUAUAAAUGAUCACUCUCCUGCAUUCCUGGACAAGGAAAUACUUAUUAAAAUAUCAGAAAGCACGACUAUUGGAACCACAUUCCUAAUGGAGAGUGCUCAAGAUUUGGAUGUUGGAAGCAACAGUCUUCAAAACUACACAAUUAGCCCCAAUUCUUACUUCUAUAUCAAAAUUCGAGACAGUGGUGACAGAAAGAUAUACCCAGAACUGGUCCUAGAUAGAGCAUUAGAUCAUGAGGAGGAAAAUGAACUCAGAUUAACACUCACAGCACUGGAUGGUGGAUCCCCACCCAAGUCUGGGACAACUUUGGUUUUCAUCCAGGUCUUGGACAUCAAUGAUAAUGCUCCUGAGUUUCCUCAGAGUCUCUAUGAGGUGCAAGUCCUGGAGGACACACCCCUUGGCUCCUGGAUUAUCACCAUCUCUGCGAAGGACUUGGAUACAGGAAAUUAUGGAAAAAUAUCUUACACGUUUUUUCAUGCAUCAGAAGAUGUUCGUAAAACAUUUGAAAUUAAUACACUAUCUGGGGAAAUUAAUUUGAGAUCAAGCCUGGAUUUUGAAGUAAUACAGUCCUACACUAUUAAUAUUCAGGCAACAGAUGGUGGAGGUCUCUCAGAAAAAUGCACCCUUCUAGUUGAAGUAAUUGAUAUAAACGACAACCCACCAGAAGUGACCAUGUCGUCCACUACAAAGAGAAUUCCAGAAAAUGCCUCAGAGACCUUAGUAGCUCUUUUUAGUGUUCGAGACCAAGAUGCUGGAGACAAUGGUAGGAUGGUUUGCUCUAUUCAAGAUGAUCUCCCAUUUCUUCUGAAACCAACCUUCAAGAAUUUUUUCACUCUCAUUUCUGAAAAAGCACUAGACAGAGAGAGCAGAGACGAGUACACCAUCACCAUCACUGUCACUGACUUUGGGACACCCAGGCUGCAAACCCAGUACAAUCUAACUGUGCUGAUCUCUGAUGUUAAUGACAACGCCCCCGCCUUCACCCAAACCUCCUACACUCUGUUCGUCCACGAAAACAACAGCCCCGCCCUGCACAUAGGCACCAUCAGCGCCACAGAUAGAGACUCAGGCACCAACGCCCAGGUCACCUACUCCCUGCUGCCACCUCAGGACCCCCACCUGCCCCUCGCCUCCCUGGUCUCCAUCAACGCAGACAACGGACACCUGUACGCCCUGAGGGCGCUGGACUUCGAGGCCCUGCAGGCGUUCGAGUUCCGCGUGGGCGCCACAGACCGAGGCUCCCCGGCGCUGAGCAGCGAGGCGCUGGUGCGCGUGGUGGUGGUGGACGCCAACGACAACUCGCCCUUCGUGCUGUACCCGCUGCAGAACGGCUCUGCGCCCUGCACCGAGCUGGUGCCCAGGGCGGCCGAGGCGGGCUACCUGGUGACCAAGGUGGUGGCGGUGGAUGGCGACUCUGGCCAGAACGCCUGGCUGUCGUACCAGCUGCUCAAGGCCACGGAGCCCGGGCUGUUCAGCGUGUGGGCGCACAAUGGCGAGGUGCGCACCGCCAGGCUGCUGAGCGAGCGCGACGCGGCCAAGCACAGGCUGCUGGUGCUGGUGAAGGACAAUGGCGAGCCUCCGCUGUCCGCCAGUGUCACGCUGCACGUGCUGCUGGUGGACGGCUUCUCCCAGCCCUACCUGCCGCUCCCGGAGGCGGCGGCGGAGCAGGCCCAGGCCGACUCGCUCACCGUCUACCUGGUCAUCGCCUUGGCCUCGGUGUCCUCGCUCUUCCUGUUCUCGGUGCUGCUGUUCGUGGCGGUGAGGCUGUGCAGGAGGGACAGGACGGCGUCUGCGGGUCUCUGCUCGGUGCCUGAGGGCCACUUUCCGGGCCACCUAGUGGACGUCAGCGGCACUGGGAUCUUGUCCCAGAGCUACCAGUACGAGGUGUGUCUGACCGGAGAUACUGGGACAAAUGAGUUUAAAUUUCUAAAGCCAAUUAUACCCAAUUUUCUUGUCCAUGGCGCUGGUAGGAAUGCGGAGCAAAAGGAGAAUGUUCGGAAUAGCUUUGAAUUCAACAUUCAAUAAUACAAUGCAUUUAAA